UCCUUCGAGUGUCAUGGAGAACACCACUGAAGCUCCAUACAGCGGUCCUCAAUAUGCCACGUUUGGGAUUCCAGAUAUAAUUGUGGUUGUGCUUUAUUUUGUUUUUGUCCUUGUCGUUGGAAUAUGGUCCUCUGUCCGAUCAAGCAGGGGGACAGUAGGAGGUUAUUUCUUAGCCGGAAGAACCAUGACGUGGUGGCCUAUUGGAGCAUCACUGAUGUCAAGCAAUGUUGGGAGUGGCCUCUUUGUUGGGAUGGCAGGGUCAGGGGCUGCAGGAGGGAUAGCAGUUGGUGGCUUUGAAUGGAACGCUUCCUGGGUGCUGGUAGCCCUUGGAUGGGUCUUUGUUCCAGUUUACAUUGCUGCUGGAGUGGUCACCAUGCCUGAGUACUUGAAAAAGCGAUUUGGUGGUAAACGGAUUCGUAUCUACAUGUCUCUUCUUUCCCUGCUCCUCUACAUCUUCACCAAAAUUUCGACAGACAUUUACUCGGGAGCCCUCUUCAUCCAGGUGUCACUGGGAUGGAAUAUUUACCUGUCCACAGUCUUACUGCUGGUUGUGACAGCAAUUUACACUGUUGCUGGUGGGCUAACUGCAGUGAUCUACACUGACACCCUACAGACAGUCAUUAUGGUAGUGGGUGCUUUUAUUCUUAUGUUCAUCUCGUUUAAUGAGGUUGGCUGGUACGCAGGACUGGAGAAGAAGUACAUGGAGGCUAUCCCAAAAAUAAUUGUCCCUAACACAACCUGUCAUCUGCCCCGGAGUGAUUCAUUCCAUAUGUUGCGUGACCCCAUCACCGGGGACCUUCCCUGGCCUGGCCUUAUAUUUGGUCUGACAGUGUUGGCCACCUGGGUUUGGUGCGCUGAUCAGGUUAUCGUGCAGCGAUCCUUAGCAGCCAAGAACCUCUCCCAUGCCAAGGGAGGCUCAAUCGUCGGGGGUUACCUGAAGAUUCUUCCCACAUUCUUUGUGGUACUUCCAGGAAUGAUUAGCAGAGCUUUGUAUCCAGAUGAGAUUGGUUGUGUUCAUCCAGAAGAAUGCCGUAAAUAUUGUCAGAUUGAUGUGAGCUGCUCCAACAUUGCCUAUCCCAAGCUGGUAAUUACACUCAUGCCUGUCGGUUUAAAAGGGUUAAUGAUAGCAGUAAUCCUGGCUGCUCUGAUGAGCUCUCUCACAUCCAUCUUCAAUAGUGCCAGCACUAUCUUCACAUUGGAUGUCUGGUCACGUAUUCGCAGGAAUGCCAGAGAACAAGAGCUUAUGAUUGUGGGCAGAGUGUUCAUAGUUAUACUAGUGGUUAUAAGCAUCGUAUGGAUCCCCAUUAUCCAAGCAGCAAACAGCGGGCUACUGUUUGAUUAUAUGCAAUCUGUUACUAGCUACCUCUCCCCACCAGUGACUGCCAUAUUUAUUUUGGCAAUUUUUGUCAAGAGAGUCAAUGAAUCAGGAGCUUUCUGGGGUCUGAUCAUCGGGCUGGUAGUGGGUUUGAUUCGAAUGAUUAUGGAUUUUGUAUAUCGAGCCCCAAACUGCGGAGAGGAGGACACACGUCCAUCUGUGCUGAAAAAUGUUCACUACCUGUAUUUUGCAAUCCUUCUUUUCGGGUUGACAACCAUUAUCUGCAUUGUGAUCAGCCUGUUUACCCCAGCCAUGUCUGAAGAGGAGCUUGGUCGUUUCACUUGGUGGACACGAAACAGACCAGAAAAAAAUACUUACUUGGAAGAACAAGAAAAGUUAUCAGACAUUUCUGCAAUAUCUUCCAGCAAACCACCUAUUGAAAAAGAGCCAGCAAGGGGAUUAGUAGAACCACAAGUAGAAUUGAAACAAGACAGUUCAUCCAUCAUGGAGCAGAAAUCAGUGAGUGAUGCUGCUUCAUUCCCUUGGUGGAAGAAGGUCUAUUUCUGGUUCUGUGGAUUGUCUAUGCAGCCUGAAGUCAAACUGUCUGAAGAGGAAGAAGCGAAAUUAAAGAAGAAGCUGACUAGUAUUGAAGAAGAGCCAUUAUGGAGAAAUGUGUGCAAUGUUAAUGCUGUCAUCCUUCUUGCUAUCAAUGUUUUCCUCUGGGGAUAUUUUGCCUAAAAUAACUGUGGACAGUAACAGUGACUAAUUUAAAGGAGUGGUCAAUUUCCAUUGUGUAGGUCUGGC